AACGCAGGAUCCCAGCCGCAUCUGUGAUCUCCACCACAGCUCACUGAGCAAGGCCAGGGAUCACACCUGUGUCCUCACGGAUGCUAGUCAGGUUCAUUUCCGAUGAGCCAUGGCGGGAACUCCUCCUUUCACUUUAGAAUACCCUUUGCUUUUCACUUCUGUGGAGGCCUCCCUAGUUUUCCAACCUUUUAUCAGACCUACUUGCCCAUCUAACAGUGUUCCACUUUGUCCCAGCGACCUCUGACUUGAAGCCAAAACUGUAUGAAUCUAACGUUCCACUCGCAUGUCUCCUGUGCCUUCCAUCUACCUCACUACUUCUUUGUUAUGUUGAAGCGCUGGUAUGAAAUCCUCAUGGAAACGUCCAUCAAAGGAAUGGGGAAUAGGUACUGAGAAGAAAGGUCAGGACUAGGGUUUGAGGUUUGAGGGGGCCCAAGACAGGAGGAGAUGAGACUACUGAAAGAAAGAAAAGUGAUAAGCUAUAUGGUUUGCAAAUAAUUUCUCCCACUUUGUGAUGACUUUAAAUUUUCUUUUAUUUCUUCUUAAUUGAGGUAUAGUUGACAUCUUUGAAUUUCCUUUGCCCCCCCAGCUUUGUGAGAUAUAGUUGGCAUACAUCACUGGAUAAGUUUAAGGUGUACUGCCUAAUCUGCCUAAUGCUUUGACUUACAUCUUUGAAUUUUCUUUUUUUUUUUUUUUCAGUUCUCUUCAAAUUAUUUUAUUUAUUUAUUUUUAAUUGAUAUUUCCCCAAUACAAUUUUUUUUCUACUGUACAGCAUGGUGACUCAGUUACACAUACAUGUACACAUUCUGUUUUUGCAUAUUAUGCUCCAUCAUACCUGACUAGAUACAGUUCCCAGUGCUACACAGCAGGAUCUCAUUGCACAUCUUUGAAUUUUCUUGAUGCUAUCUUUGUAGCACAAGAGUUUUUACUUUUAGUGAGAUCCAGCUUAUCCAUUUUGAGUUGACCUUAUGGAUGGUAAGGGUCGCAGUUUGUCUCUUUUUUGCAUUCGGAUCUCCAGUUCUACCUACAGCUGUUGAAAGGAUUGGGCAGGUACGUUCUGGCAGUGCAGACUGCUCAAGCACAGGGCUGCGCUGCCAGGUAGUCGGGCUCCAUGGGGUUGAGCAGACUGUGGUGAGUGUGCUGGUGCUCCAUGGUGAGCAGAGACAGGUUGGGCCGAUUACCGAGGGCCUCCAUCUCCAGUCAGUUCUUUUUGGAGACAGUUUCUGCUGGGGACGGACUUUUCGUGGCGGCCACCGGCGGUACUACAACUCCCAGCCUGCGUCGCGCGGAUCAGCGCUCCGCGGCGAGGGAAGUCUGGGACAGGCCUGGCCGGCCCGCUGCGAUCCGCGAAUUCCGCUACGGAGAUCAACUACAAGGCUUUGGCCUCCGGGAGGGCCGCGCAGGCCGGACGGCGAGCCGUACGACUUCUCCACUCAGACACGCCUCCAGCCUCUGGCCCGCCUCAGCCUUCCCCUCCGGUCUGGUCCCGAGUCUAGUCCCGACUCGUUUAUUUCUUCCUGGAGUUUUCCGCGGAGAGUAACUCUUGAAGGCGACCAACCGCGGCCGAGCGUUUUGCUGGCCCGGCCAGCCAGAGGCGAGGGUGGAAGAGGCGGGAGUGAAAGUCCCGGAGGUCAGCUAGAAGACAGUUCGUUUCUGCGGGGAAGGGCAGGCUGCCCUGAUUUGGAACCCCGAGGGGAACAAAGGAGCCUCGGCGGGGUGCGGAAGUGCACGGACCCCUCCCCGCUCAGCGGGGCCUUCCGGGGGCGGGGUGGGGGGGGCAGGCUUACCCUUCAGCAGUCCCUUUCAGGUGUCCGGGCCCAGCCUCGGCCACCAUGGCUCACAAGACCCUUCUGGGCUCUUCAACAUCCCAUGACAGCUGCCUGGAUCUGUGGAGGGAAAAGAAUGACCAGCUAGUUCGACAGGCCAAGGUUGCUCAGAACUUGAGUCUGUCUCUGAGAAGACAGCAGUUGGUUCAAGAUGUACUGGAAGGACUCAGGGGACUCCUCCAUAGUUUACAGGGGCUCCCAGCGACUGUUUCUGUUCUCCCCUUGGAACUGACUGUUAUCUGCAACUUCAUUACCCUGAGGGCAAGCCUGGCCCAGGGUUUCACUGAGGACCUGGCACCAGAUAUCCAGCGGGGCCUAGAGAGAGUACUGGAGACCCAGGAGCAGCAGGAAGCCAGGCUGGAACACAGGCUCAGGGGGCUGUGGGAUUCUGUCCUUCAUGUUUCCUCCCUUCUGCCGGAGCUGCUCCCUGCCCUUCAUCACCUGGCUGGCCUGCAGGCUGCCCUCUGGCUGAGUACUGACCGUCUUGAGGACCUGACCUUGUUGCUGCAGACCCUGAAUGGCAGCGAGAGCAGUGCCUCUGAGGAACUGCUGCUGCUUCUAAAAACUUGGAGGCCCCCAGUUGAGACGUCCGAUGCUCCAUUGACUCUGCAGGAUGCUCGAAGCUUGAGGGAUGUCCUUCUGACAGCAUUUGCCUAUCGCCAAGGCCUUCGGGAGUUGAUCACAGGGAGCCUACCCAGGGCACUGAGCAGCCUCCAUGAAGCGGCCUCAGGUCUGUGCCCACGGCCUGUGUUGGUCCAAGUGUACACAGCCCUAGCGACCUGUCUUCGUAAGAUGGGCAAGCCACAGAGAGCUCUGCUGUACUUGGUUGAAGCCGUGAAAGGGGAAUCAAUCUGGGGUCCUCCACUUCUGGAGGCCUCCAGGCUAUAUCAGCAACUGGGGAACACAGCAGCAGAGAUUGAGAGUCUGGAGCUGCUGGUUGAGGCCUUGAGUGUCACUCAUAUCCCUGAAGCCCCUCAGCUUCUCAUUGAGGUGGAGUUACUACUCCCACCACCUGACCCAGCCUCACCUCUUCACUGUGGCACACAGAGCCAGGCCAAGUACCUGCUAGCAAGCCGAUGCCUACAGACCAGAAGGGUAGAAGAUGCUGCAGAACAUUACCUGGACCUGCUAGCCCUGUUGCUGGAUGGAUCAGAGCCAAAGUUCUCCCCACCUCCGUGCCCCCCAGGGCCCUGUGUGCCUGAGGUGUUCUUGGAAGCAGCAGUAGCCCUGAUCCAGGCCGGCCGAGCCCAGGAUGCUUUGACCGUAUGUGAGGAGCUCCUGAGCCGCACAUCAUCGCUGCUUCCCAAGAGGCCCCGGCUCUGGGAAGAUGCCAGGAAAGGAACCAAAGAGUCACCACACUGCUCACCCUGGAUCUCUGCCAUCUACCUGCUUCAGGGCCAAGCUUGGGUGCAACUGGGGGCCCAAAAGGAGGCAGUUAGUGAAUUUAGCCGGUGCCUUGAGCUGCUCUUCCAGGUCACACCCAAGGAUAAAGAACCAGGGCCUGCUUCCAGCUGUGAGCAUGGGUGUACGUCAGAUGUGGUGCUACAACAGCUUCGGGCAGCUGCCCUGAUUAGUCGUGGACUGGAAUGGGUGGCCGGUGGCCAGGAUAACAAAGCCCUACAAGACUUCCUCCUCAGUGUGCAGGUGUGCCCAGGUAAUCAAGACGCUUCCUUUCACCUGCUUCAGACUCUAAGGAGGCUGGAUCGGAGGGAUGAGGCCAUUGCUUUCUGGCAGAGGCUAGAAGCCCAAACUGACCUGCCACAAGAGAAUGCUACAUGGUCUCUCCCCCUGUACCUAGAAACCUAUUUGGACUGGAUCCGUCCCCCUGACCGUGAAGCCCUUCUUGAGGAAUUUCGGACAUCUCUGCUCUAGACCUGUGACCUGAAGGUGCUAUGUUUCCAAGAACCUGAUCUUGGGCUUCAGUGAGCCACCUGUCAGGAGGGCUUUCUGCUAAUACACUCCUUGGGGAGUGUGGCUAGAGCUGACCAUUCCAAUAUAAGUCUGACAUUAGAGAGGUUGGUGGUAGUCCUGCAAAAUUUGUUCUAGUUACUGGUGUUCUGGUUCCAGAAAAAGCCCCUCUUCCAACAACAAGGCACUGACUUUAUUGAUAGUACCUUUUUUUCCUGUUUACCUUUUUAUGUUUUGAAUAAAAUUUGAUAUCUA